UACAUAUAUAUUUAAAGGUUUAAACCACUGUUUAAAACUAAGUUUGUAACAACUCUAAAGUGAAUUUUCAAAUAAAAGGUUUAUAACGAUCUGUGAAAUUAGUGCAUUUCCUUUUAAUUAAAAGUGUGAGUGGCCUACAAGGUGAGUUUUAUACAUGGUCCUUCGAGCCAUAAAGAAAGGCACUGUGGCUAAUAAAGUAAAAUAAAAUAAAAAUAAAAAAAAAAAGAUUUCGAAAAAAAAAAAAAGUUAAUAAAAGUUUUAACCUGUGAGAAAGUGCAAACAACAAAGAACAUACACAAAAACCGGUUUUGGAUAGCAGCAAGUGCAGUGAAAGAAAAAAAAAAAAAAGCAAAAAUAUAGUACAUACUUGUACACAUAUGCAUGCAUGUAUAUAUAAUAUACUGCGCUAGAAAAAGUACAUGUACAUAUAUGAAAAAGAUAAAAAUAUUAACCAAAUUAAUAAAAGUGCAGUGCAAAAAGCAUAAAAAUACGUAUAUAUACAUACAUAUAUAAUCAAAAAAUAAAAAUUUACAAACUUUAAUUGCUGCGUCUAGGCCACCACAAAACAAAUAUAAUAAAAAUAGAUUAUUAAUACGUUUUUGAAACAAAAUUUUAGGAAAAUAAUAAUAAUUUACUAAAAUUACAAAUUUCAUAUAAAAUUUUCAAGUGCUGUGACUAUUAUUAAUAAUAAUAACAGAUAACACACAAAGUGUCAAACAUAAAUCGGGCGCGGUCUAAAAAUAAAAAAAGCAAAAAUUAUAAAACAAAUCGGGCGCGGUCUAACAAAAAAAAAAGAAGCAAAUUUAUAACUUAAAUCGGGCGCGAUAUAAUUAAAAAAAAAAAAAAACCAACAUAACAACGAACGCAUACCUACAUGCAUACAUACUCAACAAAGGAGGAAACGGGAGCAAGAGGACACUAAACAAAGGAGGAAACUAGGAAAGGAACAUUAAACACAGGAGGAAAUAGGAGAACACUAAACACAGGCGGAAACCGAAAGCGGAUAACAUUCCUAAAAUUAAGAAAUACAUACAUAUAUGUACUAUAUUCUCCCCAAAACCCCCUUGAGGCGAGACAAAAGUAAUAUGGACGUGGACAUGGCAUCAUCGUCAACGCCAACCAUGCGUUCGGCAAUUUCCGCCCCUCGCGCUGAAGCUGCCCCAAUAGCAGCACCCCGGACCAACACUGCACCGGCAGCGCCUCGAACAACAACAGGCUCCACCGCGACAACGGCUCCGCGUCAAAGCACGCCAGCAUUACCAGCGAAUUUGCAACUAAUUCGUUGUCCAUUAUGCCGCCGCCCUCAUCGGCUAUCGCACUGCGGUAUAUUCAAAGGCAUGCCGCCGAUGCAACGCCAGCAGGUGGCACAGGCGCACGGGUAUUGCCUGAAUUGUCUGGCAACUUCCCACGCAACUCAGGAGUGCCCAUCACCUAAUCGUUGCCAAAUCUGUGUGCGGGCUCAUCAUACGAUGCUGCAUCGCAUUCCCAGACGCGACUCCCGGCGCCCACCGGCUCCUCGCACCAGUGGUAACGUCAGGCGUUCCCAAAGGACUCCUGUGACGGCAUACCGCCGCCGCGGACCCUCUGCAGCAGAAUCCCGUCCUUGGCGCCAUAACCGGGCAACAUCAACACGACGCCAUCAGCUUAGGCCGCAAUCCCGCCGGUCAACAGGUCUCAGCAGCGUGGUAGCAACGCUCCAGCAGCUACAGCGGCUUCUAGGCUAA